AAAAGAUAAAAUGAUUUAGAAAAGCAAGAAGUCUAAAGAUUUCUUGAGGUUUCAAAUUCUUAUUGUAUAAAAAAGAGUCGUGAUGAAUUAAUAUGUAAUAAAAGCUUUCAAAGCAUAAUUUUUGUUUUGAAGCCUAUCUAUUGAGUUUUAUUAGAAUUUCAUAAGUGCCAAUGGUUGAGAAUGCAUAUUUAUACCAACGGAAUUGUAAUCGGAGAAAGACAUUAAAUUAUUGAUCUAAGAGAAGGAUUGAAAAUAAAUGAUUAGUAAACAAAGAAUGAAUGAA